AUGGCAACGGCUCCAUUCCCAAAUCAUUAUACUUGUCGGUUAGUAUCGGCCUCCGACUCCAAAGCAUGCUCAGUUUGCUACAAACCGACGACUACGGUCCUUCUAUCACAAAAUAGUGCUGAUUUCUUUUACAUAUGUGAGAGCCACUUGAAAGAUAAGACCUUCGCAGAGGCAAUCCCUCCAGAGGAGUAUUUAACUUUAGUAAAAGAAAAGAAUGGCUUAGACGCACAAAUCAAGGCCCUUGAGCGGAAGGCUGCGGCCGUUAAGCCUUAUUCGUGGAACAAAAUGAUGAACACUAUAGGUUGGGAUAACUCUCAAGAAAAAGAUGAGCCAGAUGCACAGUCUGAUGAUAAAGAUAAAGACUCCACACCACCAAAGUCUUAUGAAGAACUCAAUAAGAAGAUCAAGGAGCUAGGGACAAAGGCAAGCAGAUUAAACGACUCAAUUGCCUCAUUCAAGUUCAAGAACUACAAGUUGGAUCCCGGCAUGUACCGCAUGCGUAUCAACAAUCUCUUACAAGCACAAAAUAGGCUCCGGCGCCAGAAAGAAGUGCAAGCCCCUGGAUUCUUUCCCCUGGCACCAUCCCACCUGCUCAGCUAG